UCCGGUAGUCCCAGGCCGCGAGCGUCCGAGGCGGCCGCCAUGGCGAGGAGCCGGCUGGAGACCGUGGGGAGCGUUUUCUCGCGGACUCGGGACCUGAUUCGAGCUGGGGUGUUGAAUGAGAAGCCCCUCUGGUUUGACAUAUAUAAUGCCUUUCCCCCGCUGAGAGAGCCUAUCUUCCGAAGGCCCCGCUUGCGAUAUGGCAAGGCCAAAGCUGCCAUCCAGGACAUCUUGUACCCCGAGGAUAGGAUUAGAGCGAAAUUUUAUUCAGCCUAUGGAUCUGGUCAGAAAGCUUUUGAUCUGUUCAAUCCAAAUUUCAAGUCUACCUGUCAACAGUUUGUGGAGAAGUACAUUGAGCUACAGAAGCUUGGAGAAACAGAUGAAGAGAAGUUAUUUGUGGAAACAGGGAAGGCUUUAUUGGCAGCAGGUGUCAUUUUGAGAAGAGUAGGAGAAGCAAGGACUCAAAAGGAAGGUAGUCACGUUUCCUGGGAAUCUGAACCCACGGGUGUCAAACCCCAAACGGUAUUGGAAAAAAACCAGCCUCUGCAAGAAGUUCCACAGGACCAGCAUUUGGAGACAUCUGAAGAACAGCCGAAAGGUCUCUCACCUCCCUGAAGAACUUGUAUACCGGGUAUACUGACAUCCAAACUGUAUUCACUAGAUGAAUGUUGAACUGUUUUUAACAGUUGGACUGUGUAAAUGUUUCCCAGUCUCUCAGGCAUUAUGUUUGCCUUCUUUUAGUUUCUAAUUCUAGGUUGUCAUAAAGCUCAGUUUCAUGGUUUGAAUGAACUUUUAUGUUAGGAUGGUGUUAAAUAAAGAAUUCCCUGGCUGCUUAUAAAGUAAAUUUACUUUAAAAUUGUAAAUAGCAUGAAGAAACCUUUAUAAGUAUGGUUUGAAUGGGACUUGUUCUGAGUAGGUCUGCUUGGAUUUCUGUGUUAACAUGUGGGUUGGCUAUAUCUGAUUCUCGGGUAUCUCUUUUCUGGCUCCAUCAGGCUUUUACUUGUGCAUAUGGUAUGUCCCC